UUAAUAAGUUACUAUUUCUAUUUAAUUAUUGAGUUAUGAUAAUAUUAAAAACAAAAUUAUUGUAGGAAUUAUCAGACACGCGCAGUUAUAAAUUAAUCUGUUUGAUUUUCUUUUCUUUAUUGAGCCCCUCCAUCUCUCUCACUCUUUCUUUCUUGGAACAACAAAAUAAAGCUGUUAAGCAUCUCCUUAUUUCUUCUAUCUCUCUCUCUCUCUCUGUUCGCGUCGACCACGACAGAUUAGUUGAUCUUUAUUCCGAGAAGACGGGAAUAUGGAUAAACGACGCCGGAGACAGAGCAAGGCCAAAGCUUCUUGUUCCGAAGCAGAAGUGAGUAGCAUAGAAUGGGAAGCUGUGAAGAUGUCAGAGGUAGAAGAAGAUCUCAUUUCCCGGAUGUAUAAACUCGUUGGAGACAGGUGGGAGUUGAUAGCCGGAAGGAUUCCGGGACGGACGCCGGAGGAGAUUGAAAGAUACUGGCUUAUGAAACACAGUGUUGUUUUUGCCAACAGCCGAAGAGAUUUUGUUAGGAGAUGAUUUUUUUUUGGGGGAUAAGUUGUCCUUUUAAUUACUAUUUUGGAAUGUAUAAUUAUCUUUAUAUAAAAAAAUUUGCUUAGGAGUUUCAAUUUCUUAUUAUCAA